GAGGACUACAUCUACCUGGAGGAAGCCGCCCUCUCAGUCAUCCUACGGCACCUCCAGAGCACGGAGCAGACUGUGGAGGAGGGGCUCGCUUUCCUCCGUGCCAUCCCCACGCUGUGCCUGGCUACAAAAGAGAGGGGCGAGGACACCCUGGAGCCGCCCUGCUGCAAAGCGGCACUUGUGGAGAGGAUUGUGGUGCUGAUAGAGAACCUGUCGCAGUGUGAAGAAGAGCCCAGCACCAUCCUCCUCUACAGCAUGGCUACUGUUUGCAUGCUCAGCACACUGAAGCCAGCCCUGGAGCCAGCCCUGGAGUUGCACCUCCUGCACACCGCCCUCCAGAACACCUUUCUGACGGCCACAGGGCACAACAGCCAGCACAUCCAGGGCAUGAAGCAGAUCAGCGUGGAGUACCUGGAGGCCAUGCUGAGGUGCCUGCUGGCAACUGCACCCAGCUGGGCCAGGCUGCACUUCAUCGGGCAGCACUUGAUCUUGUGGCUCCAGUUGCAAGAUGAGAGGGACAGAGCCACAGCCAUGAGGGUCACCACCAGCCUACUCUGCUUUGCAGUCUCUCUCCACCCACAGUUUGAGGACUCACCCAAGGUGCUGCAGGUGGGUGACCUGGUGGCCCUGCUGGGUCUGUGCAUCAGCGACCCAGUGGAGGAGAUAAGCCGCCAGGCCAAGGAGGGCCUCUUCCACCUCUACAAGAUCUUGGUGCACCAGAAGGGGCAAGACAUCCAAGAGGCACAGGAGCUGUGGCACACCAGCCAGCACCAGAACCAGCCCCGCCGAAUCCUCCUCUACAUCCAUCUGGCCACAAUGGGAGAGGCCUUCAGGAAGAUUCUCUCCGAAGACCAGAGGAGAGCGUUUGCAGAGAGGGCGCUGCUGGGGAUCCACCACAUCAUGCUGCAUGUGAGCCAGGCCGGGGUGGUUCUGCUCUAUGCCAUCCUGGGGCAAGCUGGCCACCUGAUGGGGGCAGAGGAGAAGGAAAUUCCCGUCAGGGCACUGAGGAAGCUCCUGAUCCUGAAAUGCUUCCAUCAGCUGCCCAAAGAGCUGCAGAGGCACAGUCAUCUGGAGAGUGCCUUAAGGAACCCCUCCUCUCUGCAGUAGCCUGAUCCAUCUUGAUGCAAGCAAAGGCUGGGUGUGAGGCCAUGGAUGCCAUCUGCGAGGCAUGGGACACGGUAUAGGGGAGGUCGGAGCCGUGUAUAUAAGCCCUUGGUAUCAGCGUGUGGCAGGGCACUGCUGGUGCCUGCCACUUCAAGGGCUGGGUCAGGCAUCCAGCAAGUGCCUGAUGGCAGCAGACAUUUUGACAACUUAGUAUAUAAAGGCUGCAGGUUGCUGCUGCCAGCCGAGGCAGAAACACCGCCUCGCCUUGC